ACAUCGCCGCAAUACAGACGAGGUCUUUGUAAAGAACUAAGAACCUGUGCGCCUAACAUUCUACAGUUCAUCUAUUUUCAGACAACCAACAGAGUGAGAGAGAGAGAGAGAAUUUCAAGAAUUCACAAUAUCCAUCGGUGGAGAGAGAGAGAGAGAGAGAGAGAGAGCAGGAUGGGUUCAGACAAAGAGUGCCUGAAAGUUCUGAUGUUCCCAUGGCUGGCUCACGGCCAUAUCACCCCGUUCUUGGAGCUAGCCAAGAGACUCUCCGACAGAAACUUCCACUGCUACAUUUGUUCUACGCCAGCAAACCUCACUUCCAUCGCCAACAAAAUCCCACAAAAAUACUCCAACUCCAUCCACCUUCUCCACCUCCAUCUCCCCUCCUCCCCUCACCUCCCCCCUCACUACCACACCACCAACGGCCUCCCCCUCCACCUCCACUCCGCCCUCCGAUCCGCCCUCAGAGCGGCGAAACCCGACUUCUCCAACAUCUUAACAACUCUGCAGCCCCACCUCCUAAUCCACGACAUUCUCCUGCGUUGGGCCGGAGCCAUAGCGUCCAAGAAAGACAUCCCUUCGGUCACGUUUUUCACCUCCGGCGCUGCCAUGUUCUCGUACUUCUGUCACUUGGGGCAGCGCCGGGGCGUGGAGUUCCCCUACCCCGCCAUCCGUCUAACGGAGUUUGAGCUGUCUAUGGCGAUUGGGGCUCUGGAAAGUUCAAAGAACGAAGAGAAAGAUCCAGACGAAGAGGCCGGAUGGAACUCUGGCCGAACAAUCAUAGUGAAUAGCUCAAGAGAGAUCGACGGGAAGUACAUGGACUACCUCUCCGAGAUGUUGAACAGGGAGUUCGUCCCGGUUGGUUCCUUGGUUCGGGACUAUGACGACGAUGAUGCUGAUGAGGCAGUACUAAUGGACUGGCUGAGCCAGAAAGACAAGUUUUCGUGCGUGUUCGUGUCAUUCGGGACCGAGUAUUUCUUGAAAAGGGAAGAGAUUGAGGAGGUAGCUUAUGGCUUGGAGCUUAGCAAUGUGAACUUCAUUUGGAUACUGCGGUUCCCGAAAGGAGACGGGACGACGGUCGCGGAGACGCUCCCUGCAGGGUUUCUGGAACGAGUGGGAGGAAGAGGGAGGAUCGUGGAGAAAUGGGCAUCACAAGCCAAGAUCCUAAACCAUUCCAGCGUGGGGGGAUUCGUGAGUCAUUGUGGUUGGAAUUCGUUGACGGAGAGCAUCGAGUUUGGGGUGCCGAUCAUAGCCAUGCCGAUGCAUCUUGACCAGCCCAUGAACGCUAAGUUGGUAGCGGAGCUUGGGGUUGGCGUGGAGGUCAAGAGAGACAACGAGGGAAGGCUGCAGAGGGAAGAGAUAGCGAAGGUGAUCAGAGAUGUAGUGGUGGGGGAAAGUGGGGGGGAAUUGAGAAGACAAGUUGUGGAACGAAGGGAGAGAAUCAGGUCGAGGAGCAGAGAAGAGAUGGACGAAACUGCUCACAAGUUAGCACAAAUUCAAGAGAGACAACGAGGGAAGGCUGCAGAGGGAAGAGAUAGCGAAGGUGAUCAGAGAUGUAGUGGUGGGGAAAAGUGGGGGGGAAUUGAGAAGACAAGUUGUUGA